AUGGCGGACGCUUCAAGAUGGACUUUAUGGUACGAUCAUUCAUCAGUAGGUGGCGGGGGUUGGGUCAUUACUGUACCCAACGAACACGGGUUUUACAUUACGUCCUUCCUGUCGACAAUAGUCACGAUAGCAGGCGCAUCUGCUUGGAACAUCGUUUCGCUACUACUACAUGCGCAUCUGGCCCGAGAUGGACCGGCCACCGACGUCUUUGGUCUGCAGCAGCAGGUCUCACUGCGCAAUUCCCCUAGUGGCAUACGUGCCGCUGUAGAUGCCCUGUCAUUGCUGGCAUCCUGGCGACACACCCCGGGAUGGAAACGGAUCCGGCGAACAGCCCUUAUUGCAGCCCCCGCGGUGCUUGUAUGGGGAAGCUUCUUUGCUGCCUCUCUACUGACGUCGCUAGUUGCCAAUCAGGCGACUGAUAGGGCCAUUGUGCGAGCCAAACCCAGCCGUUGUGGCUUUCUGGUUGCCAGAAGAGACGAUUCGGAUUCGGGCGACGGGGAGAGAGUCGACAGGAUCACCUUUACCGACCUCAUUACAGACAAAUGGUCCAACGACACAAUUAAUGCGCGGGCCUAUGCCCUCUCGGUGCGGACGAACUCUGCCCGCAAUGGGCCGCAGCGAUCGAUCUUCAUGAACCCGAAGCUCGACUACACGUUUGAAACAGAGGUUCCAUGCGGACUGCCCAACGCCACAUACUGCCUCAACACCGUUAAUGCUACAAUCAGCCUCACUUCUGCCAAGAUCAACUCCCAUGCGGACCUCGGCAUCAAUGCGCCGCCGUCUGACCGUGUUUCGUUCCAACAUAAGGCGGUUUGCUCCGUCAUCGACGAUGGCUAUUUUCAGACUAACAAGUCCGGAUACAUCCAUUAUUAUCUGGGGCCUGUCGGCAAUUUCAGUAGCAAGGGACCGACCUUCAGAUAUCCUCUGGGACAUUGGAACUCAAGCGUAGGGUAUCAGAUGAAAGCAAGUUACGCCCGGGCCAAUUCCAAUGCCUCCAUAAUGUGGCACCCAAGGAAAGGCAUAGCAAGAACAGAUGCGGACCAGGGCGUCAUUUUCCUGAGCCAAAACGGCGUUAGGUACACUCAACCUGUCAAAGACCUCUUCUUCAUUGCCGAACGAUAUGAAAGGAGCACAGACUCUUACAAGCGCAAUUCUUUCGUCAGCACCAUGGUGUGUGCGGAACAGCGCCGCUGGUGCAGCCCGUCGACCGCCGUCGAGACGUGCACGGAAUGGGGCAGCAUGGAGGACUUGUGGAAGGACGCCAUCAGCCUAGAUGGCAUCUUGGGCUUCAACACUGCCCAGAGAGCAACUGCCGCCCGAAUUUCUUUUACCCCCAAUGCGGUCCGUAUCAUCGACAGCCCAGUGAGCUUGAACACUGCAGCUCUAUUCGCAAAUACCAAGGUUCGCUUCAACCGAGAGUCCUCAGGACUUGCAGAGAAUCAAUGGCACCAGGAGAUUGCCGGUUGGUUCGAAACCAUGUUGGCGGAUUACCAGGCUACCACCGACGAGUACGUGAGAAAGAGCAGCAACCUGGACGCCUUCAAAGUUCUUUCUCCAUUCGACGACGUCAACGAGAUGAUCACCCGCUACAACUUUACCCACGACAUGGUGGCCACGCUACAAUCUCAGUGCGACAACCAGCUUAUCGACGAUGCAGUGCACAUCCAAAACUUCAGCAUGGUCGGUGUCGUCAUUAUCAUCGCCUUUUCUUCCGUCCUUGUCCUCGUCAGUUUUUGCUUCGUCGAGAUCCUCGACUGGGUGAGUGAUCUGCGCCGCCGAGGACUGGGGGAGAGCUCGCGCACCAAGAUCGCCAGGCAGGCCGACGAGAAGCUGCAGCUCCUGCGCUUCGCAGUGGACAGCAGCUCCGAGAAUCCAAAGCACUGGAAGCUCUCCAGAGUCACGGGGAUUCCUGUACUCGCCACGUCUGGAGAUGGUCGGGAUCAGGAGUGCAAAGUGACGCGUCCAACAAUGAAGGGGGACGAUCUGGCCAUGUACCCCAAAAACAUUGAGGAGGUCCAACAGGUGGCUGACUCGGAGAUGUCAUCAAUGCUAACACAUUGAUUAUUGAGAGAAUUACAUCAUGGAGGGUGAUGACAUAGUGGAAAGAUGAUAUAAAUGAAGUUCACUCUUGAUGUACAUGGACCAGGCCAGGUCUGCACUGGGCGUGUGUGGGCACAGAAUGCAAUACUCAAAUGUCCCGGCUAACUGCGCACAGAUAACGGUGUGUAAGCGC